CUCCGGGGCCAUAAAACUUAGCCAGCUCACUUUUGAGAUCAGAAUUUGAGACGGUCUCAGAUUUUGGUCUCAGUCUCAAGUUAGGUGUGCCAUAAAAAAUUGUCGUCUCAGUCUCAGUCUCAGUUUCUUAGUUUGGUCUCACUCUUGAGCUCAAAAAGUUAGCCAACUUAAAAGGUGUCUAACUUCUUAAUUUGUGAUCUCACUUUCAAUAUGGCGUCUUCGGCAGCGAGGUUGAAUAUUUUCAACAUCAUUCAAAGGCAGAGAAAGGCUCCACGUCCGCGUGUUUUCAAGGAUAGAAGUAAUCCAUUGGAGGAUUUGGAGCCGAAUGAGGUCUAUAUUAAAUACCGUUUCAGGCCUGCUACCAUCCUCUUCCUUGUGGAAUUGUUGUACGAUGAUCUUGUAAGACCUACAAAGAGAAACUCCGCCCUUCCCCCGCUUUUACAAGUGCUGGUAGCCCUACGAUUCCUAGCCACUGGCUCAUUUUAUAAUCUCGUUGGUGAACCACUGGGAAUCGCCAAGUCUUCGACUGGAAGAGCCGCUCGCCGUGUGUGUACCUUGCUUGCGGGUUUCGCACAGAGGUACAUUAAAUACCCUAUGGACCUAUCUUCAUUCAAGAGUAGAUUUUUUGAUAUUGCAGGAUUCCCAAAUGUGGUUGGGUGUGUGGAUGGCACUCAAAUUAAGAUAAAAGCUCCAAAGGAUAAUGAAGCUGAUUUUAUAAACAGGAAAGGAUUCCAUUCCCUAAAUGUACAGAUGAUAUGUGGCCCUGAUUUUUCCAUCACAAAUGUUGUGGCUAAAUGGCCAGGAUCAGUCCAUGAUUCCAGAAUUUUCAAAGAGUCUGCGUUAUGUAGAGAAUUUGAAAAUGGACACAUACAAGGAAUACUUUUGGGAGAUUCAGGGUAUGCCCUUAAACCCUACCUGAUGACGCCAUACCUGAACCCAUCUGAGAUUCAUAUGCAGCGGUUUAAUACUGCCCACUGUAGGACAAGAGUGUUGAUAGAGCAGACAUUUGGCAUCAUUAAGCGUAGGUUCUCAUGUCUACACACUGAAUUACGAGUGUCACCCCAGAGGGCCUGUGUUGCCAUCAUUGCCUCUUGUGUCUUACACAACAUCGGUAUUAUGCGAGGAGACAUUUUGCCAAAUGCGGACAUCAUCAUAAAUGAUGAGUGGGAUGAGGCGGAAGACUUGGGAGGUGAUGGCAAAACUGUACGUGACCAUAUAGCCUUGAAUUACUUCUGAAAAUGUCUCUGUCUGGAGAGUAGUGGACUGUGCUGUGCU